UACACGUGAUCUGCACGUGUAUACUUCCCGCACGCCGGACGGGCGCCACCGAAUUACCUCCUCUCCCGUCUCCGACGGGAAACGAACAUGUUCUUUCACGCCCGCGCUAAGGAUCGACAGCAACGAAACUCUCAUGCUCCAAAUAAAUCGCAAUUUAUCUUUUAAAAUUCCUAAAUCCGCCAUGGAUUUCACCUCUCUCCAAUUCCUUCUCCCUCUCAAUCAGCAUCAAAUUAAUCGCCAUGGCCGUCUCUCCUCUCUCCAUAUCCGACGAAGACAUACUCAAAGACGAGCCUCAGAAACUCCUCUCUCCAUCCAAUCCAACGCCGGAGGAGACGAUCUUCCUGUCGAACAUCGAUCUGGCGGUGGCCUUCACUGUGGAAACCGUGUACUUCUUCGAGGACGGUUCGGCGGCGGAGAUGUCGAGGAUUGUGAAGAGAGCGUUGGCGAUUCUUUUGGUUCCGUACUACUUCUUGGCCGGUCGAUUUCAGACGAACCGGGAGAGCGGGCGGUUGGAGCUGGCUUGUAAUAAUGCUGGUGUUCUGUUUGUGAAUGCGAAAUCGAAGGUGAGGAUGAAGGAUCUUGGGGAUUUGUCGCUUCCGAAUCCGAGUUUUGGUCGGUUUGUUCAUCGGCCUGGACUCAAUACAAACCUCCAUGAAAGAGCUCUGUUUACAGUUCAGGUUACGGAAUUUGUGUGCGGAGGGUAUGCAAUCGGCAUGGUAACAAACCACGGCGUUUUGGACGGCAAAGCCGCGGCGGAGAUGUUCCAAAACCUCGCAUCAAUAUGUCGUGGCGGUGGCGGCUGCGGCGACCUGAAAACCCAAACCAUUUUUAACGACAGAACAAUUUUCAGAGCUCGAAAUCCUCCUCUUAUUUCACACCCCCACCAAGAAUACACCCCAUUUUCCCCAACUCUAAAACAACUCCCCUCCUCCGCCUUUACCGCCCUCACUAAACCCUCCCCUUCCCCAUCGUCGCCCAUGUCCGCCGCCAACCACCGCCACUGCCUCAUCCCCUUCACCCCCUCCACCAUCGCCACUCUAAAAAACGCCGCUGCUCCCAUCCCCUGCUCCACCUUCGAAGCCAUUCUGUCCCAGCUCUGGCGCGCCAGGACCCGCGCGGUCUACUCGGACUGCCCGGGCGAGACCUCCAUGGUUUUAUUUGCGGUUGAUGUCCGGUCCAAGAUCCGUCCGGUUCUCCCAGAUGGUUUCGUUGGAAACGCUGUGGUUACUGGGUUUGCGGCUGCGCGUGCGGCGGAAGUGGUAGAACGGCCGUUUUCGUUUUGUGUGGAGAGGGUGAAGGAAGGGAUUGAGAGGGUAUCGGAGGAGGAGUAUGUGAGAUCGGCGAUUGAUUGGCUUGAAGUUUAUAGAGGGAUUCCGGCGACUUGUAAUGGGAAGAGUUUUUAUGUUUCGGCUUGGUGGAAGUUGCCGUUUAAGGAAUUGGAUUUUGGGUUUGGAAAACCGGUUCAUGUUGGUCCAGUGGCCAACGGGAAUGAUGAGUUUGUGUUGUUGCUUUCUCCGGGGAAUGGAGGAGAGAGCGGCGGAGGGAAGAGUAGAAGUAGUGUUAAUGUUUGGAUGAGUUUGGAGAAGGAGAAGAUGAAGAAGCUCAUGCGUUAUAUAUUUACAAUAUGAUUUAAUUGCCUUA